CGGACGAUUAGACCCAGAGGAGGGGAGUGAAGGGAGAGAGCGGCGGCCUGUGACAGGAGCUAGGGAGUCUAUAGGGUAGAGACCCGGAGACAAGGCCGGGACUGAGUGGAUGCUUGUGAUGAAGGAACGGCGCGUCCACUGAGACCUACGAAGCUGCUUUCAACAGAUUUCCUGGGGUUUCUGGGGUGUGUUAAGACGCCAAAAUGAAUUUUGGAUGUGAUGCGAUUUCUCCUACCUUGACAAGGACUUUAUUGGUGCUAGUCAUGGCGUCCUCUGCUUUGUCACUUUGGCCAAGCGACCCAAGGGAUGUUGGUCAAGAUUGGGACAAUCAGCUUGAGGCCUCCAUGCACUCAAUCUUUCCCGAGGUCAAAGAGACUGUGGCACCAAUGACAGGAAUUCCAGACAGCUCGGCUGUAGUUGGCAGACCCUUCAGAAUCAAUAUCCCAACAGAUCUCUUUUCCUCUAAUGGAGAUACAGUCAAGAUAUCUCAAGUGGGAAAGGCUAUCUUACCUCCCUGGUUACACUGGGAUCUGUCUGUCCUAGAAGGUCUUCCUCUUGAUGGUGACAAAGGAGUAUAUGAUAUUUUGGUGACCAUUUUACAGACUGCGCCCAAUGGAAGCCAUAUACCACAAGCUUCAGACGUUUUUUCUAUUGAGGUUCACCCUGAGGACCAUAAUGAACCACAGUCUAUACGAGUAGCAGGACAGGAAACAAAUGAAGCUGCUCCUUUUGUAUGCGGAACUGAUGAACCUGUCACUAUUCUUACUGUAAUUUUGGAUGCAGACUUGACAAAAAUGACACCAAAGCAGAGAGUGGAUCUUGUAAACCGAAUGAGAGACUUCUCUAAGGUAGAAUUUCAUCAUAUGAAAUUAGUUCCCGUUGUUAACAAUAGACUAUUUGACAUGUCUGCUUUCAUGGCUGGGCCUGGAAAUGCUAAAAAAGUAGUUGAAAAUGGAGCUUUGCUAUCAUGGAAACUUGGUUGUUCACUGGAUCAGAACAGUGUUCCAAAUAUUAGUUCUGUUGAAGUACCUGCAAAACAAGGAACAAUGUCUGCUCAUCUUGGUUACCCUGUAGUUGGCUGGCACAUUGCAAACAAGAAGCCUCAUUUGCCAAAGAGGAUGCGAAGGCAAAUCUAUGCUACACCAACUCCAGUUACUGCUAUUGGACCCCCAACCACUGCUGUUCAUGAUCCUCCUGUGAGAAUUGUUCCUACUCCGACUUCACCAGCCAUUGCACCUCCUACAGAUACAACUGCUCCUCCAGUCCGGGAACCGGUUCCGCUGCCAGGAAAACCAACAAUUACAAUUCGGACCAGAGCAAUUUUUCACACUCCAACUUUGGGUCCUAUCCACCCAACAAAGCUGGAAACAACCAGUUUGACACCAGGUCAAAUUCGUCCAACAAUGACCAAACCUGGAUAUCUAGAGCCAACUGCUGUAGUUACACCUCCAUCGGCCACUACAAAGAGGCCAAGAGUGACGACCAUGAAACCAGCCACACCACCCACAACAGACUCUUCAACAACAACAACAAAGAAACCUACCAGGAGAACAAAAACUCCCCGGCCCAAGCCACACGUCACUACCAAAGCACCAACUACAAAGAUUGAAACCACGUCUCCAAGCCGUGUACGGACAUCUACCAGUGGAAUUCCUAACACCGACCCUGAACUAACAAAUCACAUUGAUAAGGUUAUUGCAUGGGUGGGAACAUACUUUGAAGUUAAAAUUCCACCUGACACAUUUUAUGACAAGGAAGAUGGUACUACUGAUAAUCUGAGGCUUACAUUGGAGCCCAGGAAAAAACCAACUGCUGGUGAUAAAAUGUGGGUGAUUCUCAACAGUACUAGUCAAGUUAUGUAUGGUAUGCCAGAUUAUAGUCAUGUGGGAGACCAUGAGUAUUAUUUAAAAGCUACAGACAAAGGGGGUCGCAGUGCUGUGGAUGCUUUGGAAAUUAAAGUUCGUAAUCUCUUCCAAAAAGCCCAAUCCCCAGUUAAGUUCAAUGCUAAAUUUGAUGGCGACCACAACUCUGUAAUCAAUGAUAUUAAUAAGAAAAUACAAUUGGUUAAGAAAAUUGCUUUUGCAUUUGGUGAUCGGAAUAGCAGCUCAAUUACUUUGUACAACAUCACAAAAGGGUCUAUUAUUGUGGAAUGGGCAAACAACUCCUUCCCUGUGGAUCCAUGUCCAGUAGAGCAAAUAGAAUCAAUGGGAAAAAAGAUCUAUGAUGAACGAGGCAAUCCACGGCCACAUUUCACCAAUGCCAUGGAACCAGACUUCAAACUUAAUAAUAUUUCACUAUCAUUCACUGGGAGCUGUAAACAUAAAAUCUUUAAGUCUAUACCUAUGAAAACGGAAAUACAAAUACCAACUGCAGUAGCACCAACCGUAGCCGUAGAUAGUAAUCUACAGAGGCGCAGCGAGGACGAUGUCUAUCUUCACACAGUAAUUCCAGCUGUGGUAGUGGCUGCCAUUUUGUUAAUUGCUGGUAUCAUAGCUAUGAUAUGUUACCGCAAGAAACGAAAAGGCAAGCUAACCAUAGAGGACCAGGCAACUUUUAUCAAAAAAGGUGUGCCUAUAAUCUUUGCGGAUGAACUGGAUGACUCUAAACCACCUCCUUCCUCCAGUAUGCCGUUGAUUCUCAAGGAAGAAAAAGCUCCUCUUCCACCUCCUGAGUAUCCUAACCAGAAUGUGCCAGAGACAAUUCCUCUUAACCAAGACUGUUUGGGGGAGUACACUCCACUAAGGGAUGAGGACCCUAAUGCACCCCCUUACCAACCUCCCCCACCUUUUACUGCACCCAUGGAAGGUAAAGGGUCACGCCCCAAAAACAUGACCCCCUAUCGGUCACCACCCCCAUAUGUACCACCUUAAUGAAUAAUCUCCCACCUGAGGGGGAGGAUGGGGGAUGUGAGUUCCAAACCAGUGUUGUAUGUAGGAGUUGAUAGUCUGCAAUCACCUUUGUUAGGGUGAUGGACCUCUGCUGUUCUAAGCAAAGAAACAAAGACAUGGAGACUUUUUUUUUUUUAUUUCUUUCUAAGACAAACUCCUCAAAAUGGCCUGCCCCCACACAGGUUAUAAAGAUACCUGGGACACCUCUCAUUUGCCUAACAAUUUUCAUAUGUGUUCAUACAAACGUGUGCUCACUAGAUUGCAGGCUUUCAAAGACACUACAGAAAAAAUGUGGAAGUUAUUGGACUUCCGUUCAGCGAUGAGGUAGCCAUUUGGUUAUCUGCUGUUUUUUUGCCUUUAACACUAACUAUAUAUAUAUAUAUAUAUAUAUAUAUAUAUAUAUAAAUAUAUUUUAUUUUUUUCUCCUAUUCACGUGUGUCUAGCAACAGGACAUAACAAAAAGGUAUCCUUAAAUUUGAGAACAUUUACAGAACGUCUGAUUUUUGUUUUAAGAUUUUGGUUUCUAAUCUGCUGUAUUAUUUUAUUCUUUAUAUGCAUCAAGAACAAACCCUUUUAUUUUUGCUUUAAAAAUAAGCUCAACUUGUUUUGAAAAGGGGUUAUCUGUAGUUCUUAAAUAUCUACCUGUAAGAUCUGUCCAUUUUGCAACUGGGGGAAAAAUGCUUGUGGCCAUAUGCAUUGUAAUUCAUCAAAACACUAAUAUAUUUAUCCUAGCCGUAGACAAAGCAACCUUUUGGCUUGCACCAUGCCCACUUUCCCUGAAUGUUGUGAGCGCAUCCAGCUAAAUUUCUUGUUUGCUGAUCUUUUCUUAAGUCAAUCUAAUUUCUAACCAAAGUAUUUCCCAAGUUGUUGAUUAUCAAAGGUAUUGAGGAAACUAUUUUAUUGUACUGUCAAUCCUUUUCUACAUUUUGCCAAAAGGCAUACCGCCACGGGAGCUAGUGGACUGCAGCAAGGUGCUACGUAAUGCGUUCCAGUCCUCUCUGGCAUCCAGUUGGUUAAAUAAAAGUAUGUAGCUUUGGUUUAUUUCAGAAGUCUUUCUGAUAAAAUAUACUUGAGGUAUGAAGGAUGCUUCUUGCAGACCAAUGUUGGUAUUUAAGAGUUUUGGAUAAUGCUUCUCCUUUAUGAAACACUGUUCUAGAAUUAUGUUAGGCAAAGAUGCAAUAUUUUUAUGUAGUGGUAUAAUCUCAUUAGUUAGGAAAUAUGUGCAGUCAUCCGAUUCACUCUCCUGCCACCCUAACCACAGAUGCCCCGGUCACAGAGGAUCCUCUCUCCAUCUGACAUAUUCUGGUGCUCUCCCAGAAAGGCAUUGAAAAAAGCAAUCGCUCAUAAUUUUUUUUUAUAAAUAAAAAUUUUGAUACAGUUUCAAA